UAGCUAGGACCACCUUUUUUCCUUCCUUUGUAUUUCCUCUCUGCACUCCUUUUUCUGCUGUAAAUUUGAAUUGGACAAAUAUAUACACACAUAUUUACUCCCUCCCUUAUGGAAUAGCUAGGGACAACUUUCUCUGAUAUCCAGCAACCGCUUAUUAAUUAUUUGUUUAUAUAACUCUGUGUAUUUGCCACCCUUUCUCUGCUGUUCCUAUCAACACAAUACUUGUAAGUUGUAGCUGGAUAUUUUGCUGGCUAUGGAGGAGAUAGAGGAGCAAAAGGGUGGUACCACUUCUGGUGGUGUUGAUUCAGAGAGGAGUUUGCCAACUUCUGGUGGAAGAGAAGGAGAAGAUGUUCGUCGGCGGUGGCAGCCUCAGGCGGUUGUUGGGAUGCAUUUAGUGUGGGAAGAUCUGAGUGUUGUGCUUCCGAAGUUUGGGAAUGGCCAUACCAGAAGACUGCUUGAUGGGCUGAGUGGGUUUGCUGAGCCAGGUCGCAUCAUGGCUAUCAUGGGUCCUUCUGGCUCUGGCAAAUCAACCCUUCUCGAUUCUUUAGCAGGUAGACUUUCACAAAAUCUUGUCAUGACUGGAAAUGUUCUUGUAAAUGGGAAUAAGAUGAGACUAGACUAUGGUGCUGCUGCAUAUGUGACCCAAGAGAAUACACUGUUGGGAACCCUGACAGUAAAAGAAACCAUAACAUAUUCGGCACACUUGAGGCUUCCAACUACAUUGACCAAAGAAGAAGUCAACGGCAUUGUAGAAGGUACAAUUACAGAAAUGGGUCUGCAAGAUUGUGCUGACAGCCUCAUUGGAAACUGGCACUUGAGGGGCAUAAGUGGGGGAGAAAAAAAGAGGCUGAGCGUUGCACUUGAAAUUCUCACAAAGCCAAAGCUGCUGUUUCUGGACGAACCUACAAGUGGCCUCGACAGUGCCUCGGCUUUCUUUGUCGUUCAUACUCUGAGAUAUAUUGCUCUUGAGGGCAGAACCGUCAUUUCAUCCAUUCAUCAGCCCAGCAGUGAAGUCUUUGCUCUCUUUGAUGAUCUUGUUCUGCUGUCUAGCGGUCAAACUGUUUAUUCUGGACAGGCAAAUAUGGCUCUGGAGUUCUUUGCCAGAGCUGGAGUUCCAUGUCCGAGUCGAAGAAACCCUUCCGAUCACUUUCUUCGUUGCAUUAAUUCAGACUUCGACAGAGUCACCAUGAACGAAUCUCACCGAAUACGUCAGGACGUCCCAAAAUCAUCAGAUCCUUUACUGAACUUAGCAACAGCAGAGAUAAAAGCUAUGCUUGUCGAGAAGUACAAGAGUUCCGAGUACGCGUCGAGGACAAGAGCUAGGAUUCGACAAAUUUCAUCGAUGGAAGGACUGACGGUAGAAAAAUGGAGUGGGAGCCAAGCAACCUGGUGGAAGCAACUAACAAUAUUAACACGGAGAUCUUUCCUCAACAUGUUAAGGGACUUGGGGUAUUACUGGGUAAGAAUCAUCAUUUACCUGCUGUUAUCUCUGUGUGUCGGUACGAUAUUCUUCAAUCUUGGGACAAAUCUGAAUUCAAUAUUGGCAAGAGGAGCUUGUGCUGGAUUUAUUUCUGGUUUCAUGACCUUCCUGUCCAUCGGAGGCUUCCCAUCCUUCCUUGAAGAAAUGAAGGUUUUUCAUAAAGAAAGGCUCAACGGGCAUUAUGGUGUUGCUGUGUUUAUUCUGUCGAAUUUCCUCUCUUCUUUCCCGUUCUUGGCUGUCAUGUCGAUUUCAACUGCGAGUAUAACAUACUACAUGGUGGAAUUCCAUUCUCAGUUUCCUCGUUUUGUAUUCAUGUGCCUCGAUCUUAUCAGCGCCAUCGCAGCAGUAGAGAGCUCCAUGAUGAUUAUAGCAUCUCUUGUUCCUAACUACUUGAUGGGAGUGAUAAUUGGAGCAGGAUACUUGGGAAUCAUGAUGAUGACUGCCGGAUUCUUCCGCUUGCCGCCUGACAUUCCCAGACCGAUUUGGCGAUAUCCUGUUUCAUACCUAAAUUAUGGUGCAUGGGCAUUACAGGGAGAAUAUAAGAACGCACUGGUUGGCCGUGAAUUUGAUCCUAUUGUACCAAAUGGCCCGAAGCUGAAAGGUGAGUAUAUCCUCACAAACAUUGCCGGCUUUAAACUGGAUCACUCAAAGUGGUGGGACUUGGCCGCUGUUGUAGCCCUUCUUGUGUCUUUUAGAAUCAUCUUCUUCAUCAUCCUUAAGUUCAAAGAGAGAGUUUCGCCUUACCUCCGAACAUAUUAUGCCAAGCAUACUCUAAAGCAUCUCAAGAAGCGGCCUUCAUUCAGGAAGGAGAUACCAUUCCCUUCCAAGAGGCACCAACCUCUCCAUCCCCUGGCUUUUCAAGAGGGUCUCAACUCUCCACUGCACUAGAAGCAGCAACAGAAACGCCAUCCGCGGUUUUUCAUUCAGUAGCACUUGCAGAUAGCAACACCUUGCCUCAACCUUGUAGUUCCUUUUAUAUUCUGCUGUCUGCAGAAUUAUUACCUGAUUAGAAGUGUGCAUGAGAGAGAGAGAGAGAGAGAGAGCAAAAUAAGAGCAGUAGCAAUUUUCUGAGCAGAAUCUCAAUAGAAGAUAUGUGUGGCACGAGCAAGCAUAAUAAUUGUUUUAGUUUUGAUAAAAUUUACUCACA